AGAACAGAGCUGAAUAUAAAUGGAACCGCAGCUAUAAAUGCCUGAAUCUCGGUUAACAUAUAUUAGAGUGACAAUGACGAAUAGCACCAAGUGGGACUGGAGAUAAAAGAUGGAGAGAGCCAUUUGGUAAACUUGCUGUAAGGAGAAUCAUCGUCCAUAUAAACAGGUCAAAAUGAGUUAUAUGACUUAUAUUUCUAGGCUAAACCGGGACAGAAAUAAACGAUGCAGAUCACAUGUAUAACCGUGCCUGCAUUAUUGGCCGUCCGAUUGCGGCCACGCCCGUUUCUUUUUUGGGGAAACAAUUCUUUCCUUUUUUAGGCGUUUACUAUUUCACCUCCAUUUCCGCUUGCUGUCAACUCUGGCGAGACCCAAAGCUUCAGUUUCUGCACCACGAAGCAAUAAUUGAGCAGCUAGCUGCUAUGAAUAAGAUAAAGAUUGAGAAGAUAGAGAACUUGCCGGCGAGGCAGGUGACGUUUUCAAAGAGGAGACAAGGGCUUUUCAAGAAAGCCGGAGAGUUAUCAGUUCUCUGCGACGCUGAGGUUGCUGUCGUUGUCGUUUCUUCUACUGGCAAGCUCUAUGAGUCCUCCAGCUCCAGUACGAAGGAUGUCAUUGCAAGGUACGAAUUGCACACUGAAGAAGUGGAAAAGGGCGACCAGCAGCCACCUCCUGAGCUCCAGCUGGAGAUUAAUGAGUGGAUGAGGUUGAAUAAGGAACUUGCGGACAAGAUCCUCGAGCUAAGGCGGAUGGAGGGGCAGGAUCUAGAAGAGCUGAAUAUAGAUGAAUUGCAAAGAUUGGAGAAUAGGAUUGAAGGAGGACUCAGCAGUGUGCUUCAAACGAAGGAUAAAAGGAUUAUGAGUCAGAUUCUGGCACUUGAAACAAAGGUAGCAGAGUUGACAGAAGCAAACAACCAAUUAAGGCAGAGGGUAAAUAAGUUACGGAUGCUAUCCAAUGGAAAUGAAAAUAGAACUGGUGGUGUUGCUUUGGAGUCGGAGAUCUCAACUGAUGAAGAAGAAAGUAUGGCAUCGGAAUCUGCCACAGGUUCCACCGGCUGCUACAGUACUGGUUACCCCUUAUCUCUCAAACUUGGGCUUUCUCGCUGUGGCUAAAACAGGGAAGGAUAUCUGGCAUCAUUUUUAAUUAGUGAAUAAGGUGUAAUUAUAUUAAACUAUGUUACAUCGUUGUAUGUAUGUCUUAAAUUGGAUUAUGAUACUAUGUUACAUCGUUGUAUGUAUGUCUUAAAUUGGAAACUAAAUACGAGGGCAUGACUGGAAGGGUGACUAACUUACCUCUCAAGGUCUCAAGUUUCUUUUUCA